AUGGGGUUAUCCAUCUUCUUUACAUUGACCCUCCUUGAGGUGUGUGCCGGCAAUCCGCGUCAGGUAAGGGGCAAUAAGUGAUAUGUAAUCAAAGUUCUUUUGCUGUUUUCAAAAUGUUAAUUGUGUAAAAUGUAAUAAAGCGGUGCUACAAAAAUUGCAAAAUAUUUUACUGUGCCCAUAAUAGAUCCAUAUUGACAGAUGCUUUCAUAUAGUUUUAGAAUAAGUGAAUAUUACUUGAAGUUGAAAGGUGGAUUACUAAAGCAUUUUGUUAUUGUGUACUGCAAUGGGAGGUUUCACAACUAUCAUUAUACGCCAUCUAUAGGUCCUGCCAUUGUUGUGUGGUUGGUUUUCAUUUUGUUAGUAACGUCUUUUAAGGGUUAUGGUUAACAUUAUGCAUGUAUGUGUGCGUCUUAGGGUUAGGUUUAGGCAAGAAAUUUAUUUUAGGGUUAAGGCUGGAUCUUUGUAAUUUGAAGUACAUGAUUGUUCCCCGACUCGGCAUUACUUUUAGUUCAGAACAUUAGGCGUCAAUGGUGCAUUGCAUAUUGAUGCUGAAACCUACAAUGCUGUUUUUGUGGCUGUGAAGAAUUUUCGAUGCAGAAUAUAUUAUUUAAGUUAGGAGAAGUCAAUAUUUCAAAUAGCCGUCCGGUAUAAGUGGUUUAAGGAAAUAAGGAAUUUAGAAAUGCACAAGUCGAGAAUAAAUUAGCAAAAUCAGUCUGAGAUUUCAUUAUGGUACGAACGUUAGGCAACUAACAAUUUGAGUGAUUUUUUUCAAUUUUAUAUUCCCAUGUUAUUUUCCAGCAUUAUUUUCUAGAUUACCUUAAGAUGUCUGCGAACUACAUUUCCCAAGAUGCCAAGCAAGGCUUUAUGUUUUGAGAGGUUCUUUACAAAUAUCUGAUGUGCCAGGCAGAUUUUAACAAUUUUAAUCCAGCUUUAGCACAUUCAUUGGUCAGUGUUUUGUUGCAUAGAGGGCUGUAGAUAGGACUAUAAAUAAAUUAUCCUGAAGAAGUCCUGGUUGUGACACAUGUGUAAAUUGAAUUUGCUUUGGAUUUCAGAUUCUCCCAGGAAACGAUCCAGGGUCAGGUCAGUCUUGGCUUUCACAGCAACCUGUGUUAAUAUAAGAGGAAUCUAAGUCACCUCUGCUAAUACAAUUCUACAAAUUCUCUCUCAUCACAGGUGCUGCAGAUGUCACCAAAGAUGUGUUCAGUAACAUCUUAACUUCAAAUCAAGGUAUUUUAUAACAAUGUCUUAGCUGAGCUGAUAGUGUUACAAACACAGUGCGAGAUGAUAUUCCGAAGGCUGAAAAGGGCACACACAGUUAAACGAGUCUUUCUGUCUGUACAACAUGCACAGUAGGUGGCAAGUCUCUUAGUGUAACAUAUAUAGAAGAAAUGAACCCUGAAUUUGUCACACCAUGGAUAACUGCUGUGUAUGUUGGUGUAUGUAGGAUAUUUUGUAAAUAAUAAUUUAAAACACUUGCUAACCUUGCUGUUUUUUUAUUUGCUCUGUCAAUCAUUGCUUAUUACAUAAAAUGAAUCUGCAUAUCAACAUGCAUCUUUUACCUUUAAAAGUAUGGCUUACGUGACGUCUAACUCUUUCAAACACAAGAUGCAAGUAAAGUGCUUAUUCUUGUACAUCAAUUCCUAUCUCUUUUUUUUUUUUCUAAAUCUUUAUUUUUGGCUGUUUCAGUUGAAUAUAUAAUCGAAAUAGAACAGAUCUUGUGUGUAACAAAUUAACAGUAUUGUUCAACAACUUGGUACAUAAAAUUCACUUUUCAGUAUGGAGGAUAGGAGUUGUAAGAGUCAUAUAAACAGGAUAGACGUUGAUAUAGUAUUAGAGUCUAGCAAGAGUACUAUUUUCCCUUGCUUGGGUUGUGCCUUUUCCAUGUGUCAGGGCCCCUUCAGUGGGCGGUGAGCCUGACCCUUACUAUGGGAUUUGUGGUGCUUCGGGUCCCAGAAUCAGACCCUACCUUUGGGUAAUGGAGUCCAGUCGUGUCCAUCAAUUCCUAUCUUAAUUAUUUAAAUAACUCACUUUUGGACAUCUUCAUCCACCCCACUUGCUCUCAUGUCUUUUUUCAAUUUCUAACUUUACAGCUUCCAUAUGUCUUAUGUGUUGUAGGAUGACCGGCUGACCGGCAGGGACUUUAAGCUGGGCAUCCCAUACACAGAGUGAUACCGAAACAUUUGUAUAUGGACAUAAUGUCCUGGGUAGAAUUCUUGUUGGAUGCAGUCAGGGCAACUUUAAACAUGCUUUCUUGAAGUACUUUUCUCUGGCGUUUCCAAAACUAGAAAAAGUUGCCGAUUCCAGAAAAAAUCUGGAAUAGGGCAACUGGGUGCAAUGACCUGCUGGAUUGGAAAGUCAAAAAACGAAUCGCAUUGUUAGACAAAAUUGCUACGGUGAAAACACUCUCCUGCACAGUUAUGGUCUCAGCUAUGCUAUUUUGGGCUGAAUUUUGCAAUUCAGUUUUUGAUUUAACUUUCACUAUUUAAUAAAAUCUACAAGGUUAUUCUCUAAAUUGGCAUGUUUUAAGAGUUAAAAAAAAAGAAAAUCACAUUUUAUACCUCAAUAAGCCAAACUGGGAAUAUAAACUGAGUAGGGCAAUGUUUCCAGCCGAACUACUUUCAACUACAAUUUGUGAUUCCCGAGCGAAUAACGCUUUCUGUUUGUGCAAUUUAGCGACCCUGUGUUGUUUUCCAUCAGACACCUCUCGUUUUAUGAUACAAGGAGACAUUGCUGUGAAAAGAAAUCGAAACGCCCUGAAUUGUCCAGGAAAAUCGUGUCUGUGGCCGAAAUCUGUGAACGGAUUGGUCCAUGUCCCGUACACCCUAUCUAAUAAUUACAGUAUGUAGUUCUAUGUAAUCUGUGAAUCUUUAAACCUAUCUAAAUGUUACGUAUUUAUAUUAUAAUUUUUCCUGAUUAGCUCCUGGAGCAUUUCAUUUAUUUUUAAUGUUAUACCCAUACACUUUAACCCCUUAAGGACCAAACUUCUGGAAUAAAAUGGAAUUAUGCCAUGUUACACGUCAUGUGUCCUUCAGGGGUUAAACCUAUCUGUUCUGCCCAUAUUUCACUGCUGACGUCUAGCUAGAAAUACAAUCAGGAGUUAGCCGUAUUGGGUCAUAGUCUACUGUUUAAUAUGACCAAUCGCUGCUUAAGCGAACUUGCCGGCUGCUGCAGGUUACCCCGAGCAAUCACAAGAAGCAGCACUGAAAAUGAAGUGAAAAUUUGAUGGCAUGUUUCCUUUAACCCCUUAAGGACACAUGACAUGUGUGACAUGUCAUGAUUCCCUUUUAUUCCAGAAGUUUGGUCCUUAAGGGGUUAAGAAUUCACACUUUUCGCUAUGUAAAGGAUGCACCAAGUCAUUAGUCACGUCCUACAAAUUGGUGAAUUAAUUCAGUAUAAACUGUGCUUUUAAGUUUAUCGUUUCAGCUUUCUCUGUAAUAUCACUCUUUAACAGGCUUUAACACUCACUAAAAUGAGAAUUCAAAGUGAUUUUCAAAUUUAAGGUCGGAAUUGCCGAACUGGAAAAAUUACUCUGUCAGCUACGCUUUCAGUUCAACUUCUCUGACCUUAAAUUUGAAAUUCACUUUGAUAAAUAACCCUGUUAUUAAUCUAUUGAGACCAGGGUGUUCCCUGAGAGAUUUAAAAACUGCAGAGAAUGAUCAGAACCCCACUACAAAAAAAGGGAAUAUUCUAAUGUUAAUAUCUUUUUAAUUUGGUUUAUUUUUCAGUACAUAAUUUAUACCAAUUAUAACGUGAAUGUCUGAGAUUUUACAUAUACUAUCGUCUUUCAGAUCACCGAAGAAUGUAAACCACUGUCUUGUAAUCACCUGGCAGCUUCAAUAACAUGUUUCAAUAACAUCCCUAGAAUUAUGGGAUGUAACCACAUUUUACAGUACAGUCUAUGUGCAGUGUCCUGUAAUCGCGUGAAUCGAGGGGAUUUAAUGUAAUAACAUUAGAGCAGAUUACAUGCAAAAUAUUACUCAACAGAAUGAAUCCUCUCUAUAGCUACAGACUGGAGGGAAUAAACUGUUCUGUUUUGGUCCUAAAACAUAAAAUACUUGUCGUCUCUCCGGUGUCAAAAGGGCAAAUCACAGUGAUGUACAAAUAUUAAGUAAUGACAAUCUAAGAGAUCACAAUUGCAUCUAUCGAUUCUUCCAAAACACAUCUAGGUAGAACAUACUGGGCUUCAUCUGAAUAAUGCUAAUUUUGUUUUGUGUCACCUUGUGGGAAGGAUGCCGCACCUGCAGCAAUAUUUGUUAUAAUUCCUAAGUUUAAGGGACAGUCAGCUUCCCCCCCCCCCCUUAUAUUUUUGCAUGAAUAAGAAUCCUGCACCAUCUCAACUACCUACUUGCAUUCAGCGCCAAACGCAGCCAUCGCAGGACUUGUAUUGGGAGGACAUUCUGGAAUAUAAUACAUGCUGUUGCGCUGUAUUAUAUUUUCAGGCAAACCCAAUAGAAAUAUUUUCCUUUGUUGAUAAUUUCCUUUAUUAUAGUAGCACAGUAACAUACCUUUUUACUGGUGACAUACCUUGUAAGUAAUUUGUAAAUUAAAACCCUAAGGAUGUCUCAAUAUUUGUUUUAUUAUUUAUUAUACUUACCCCGUCUAUGUUAUUGUUUGUUUUGUGAUAUUCUCCUUUUGCUUAAUAUCGCUCUUAGUUUAGUAUAAAGAGUUUAGUACAUAGAGGUUCUAGAACAAAAUCAUGAACUCUGUGCAAAGGACCAACCCCCGAAAAAUCGUCACACUUGCAUAAAAGACAAGUAUUUUAUGUUAUACAAAAAUCGUUCCUUAAAAUAAAAGAGUAUAUAUAGCGCAACGUUGUCUGUUGCAGUCUACACACAAACUCUUUGUAUGCACAAUACACUCACUCCUGUUAAAAGACCCCAAGUCUUGGAAUGUAACUUAUAUAUCAAAUAUAAUGUUCACCACGCCUGUUUGGGUCUGUGAAUUUCCAUUGUCCUGCCCUCCUGCUUGGAAUUUUUUAAGGUGCUAGAAUAAUGGUUUUCUCAUUGAGAUAAUCUAAUUCUGUGUUUUCCAGCUUCCGAUGAGAAGUACAUCAUUCAAGCAGCUAUGGAUGAGUUGAUGGUUCUAACAUGUAUACAGUUUGUUGUUCGUACCACCGAAUCCAACUACCUGAGGAUCCAUCCCAAUGAUGGGUGAGUCAGUUCCUUUCUAUUCUCAGUUAUAGGAAUAAUUUUUACUGAGCAUCACAAUAUGUACAGUUCAGAAAAAUCUCCAGUGCUCAGAUUAGCCUUCAGCAUCAUGGAGAAUUAAUAUAGGCAUUUAAAGGACAAAAUCAUUGCUACUACUUAUGGCUCAAUUAAUGUGUGUAUAGAAAAUCCAGUAUUAGCAAUUAAAAUGUUCAUGGUUUUAUUUAUUUUAAAAGAUCCAUGAGAUUGAAUAGUCUGACUCGCAUUAUUGGAAAGUAGCGUAAAUGUACAGGUCUAGCCUAAUAUUAGACCAGCACUCUGUUCAUGAAAGUGUAACUGACAAUCCAGGAGUAGUCCAUGGUUGCUCCAAGCACCAUAACCACUGCGGUGAUUUGUUUUGCUAUGAAACACUGCACAUGCAGAGUUUAACUUCUUUGAUACCGGAGUUUAACUCCACCUUCAGCCACGUCAUUGAGGUAUCAUUAACCAGCCCAUUACAAGUUUUCCGGGAAGGUUGAUGUAAAUUCUGGAUGUCUGACGUCAGCACACACACACCAUGCUGGUAAGAAGCGUCCAAAGUCAGCACGCCACUCAUCCAUCAGUGGAGGAGGAUUGGGCUGCUGGGAGAAAUUGGUCUCUGAGCUGUAAGGCAGGUAAGUUUCAGUUUAUUUUAAAUUUUUAAUACAGUUUGGGGGUGCAGUACAGGAAAGGUUACUAUAAGCAAAAACAGUUUUUUUGUUGUUUUUUUAAUGAAAACACAGUUUUGUAAGUUUUUUUUUAAAGUUGAAGUAACCCUUAAAAUAAACAAAUAUGAGUUUUAAAGAACUAAGUUACGAGUUAAGAGGGCAAAUUCAUCCUGAUGUGACAUUAUAAUUUCAUUUAUGCUUAUUAAAUUCUUGGUUUCAGAAAAACUGUAUUAAAAUAAAUUACUCUAUUGGGUAGACUUUUAUUAUCUAACAUUUUCCUGUUCACCUGGCAAUAAGCUGGUUAAGGUUUAUUGAUCACAUAGUGUUUGUAGUGGGGCAAAUGAGUGGUGAGGACUCCCUGGAUGAGUAAGGUAGACUAGCGGUCACUGUUCAGAGCUAACAAAGCGUCUUUCUUUCCUUUUGCCUCUGGAUGUUUGGGGUCAGCACUCAGCUCUGUAUUCCAUCAUACUUUAUUAAACACUGUCUGACUUUCAUAACUGUAAAUGGGAUAUAAUCAGUGGUAGGGAGAUUAUUUUAAUAAUCUCAGCAAAGACAUGAAUCUAUGAUCACAGCAAGCAGCUGCCUGUGGCAUGCCUUUGGCUCCCCCCUCCUUCCAAGUUCUUACCCAUUAGUAUCAUCGUACAUUUUUAUUUUCCUUGUUUUUUCAUUUUCAAGGACUUCCAGUGAAUAUUGGGUUGUCAGCAGGAUAUCAUAUACACAAGAUUAACAGAAAAUAUUAAGCUGCAAAGAUUUAGCCAGGGAGCGAGCCAAAAUUGAUUGUGCAUGACUUGUCUUAGUGUUUGUAAGAUUGUGUUAUUAUUAUUUUAUUUAUUUUUUAAUCAAUCAAAUUUUUAUUGAGUGGUAAUGAUAUAUUGCAGGUGGAAAACAUUGUACAAUUAUUACCAGAUAUAUAAGCCCAAAUGAAAAAAGUUAUGCCUACUGGCUUAUUUGUUUUACCUUAUUUAUUUAUUUUAAAGAUUAAUCAAGAUAAAUAUUAACCAUAGGCAUAUCAUCACACGGUUAGGAGAAAUAUGUAGGCACAGGUAUAGUCCGUAGUACUUAGACUAGGACACAGUUGCUUGGUAUGUACCAUUAGACUGGAAAAUAUGCUAAUAAAUAUUAGUCUAUUAGACUGGAAGAUACACUAAUAACAUAUGAUGAUGAGUGAAAUAGUAAAAAAUAGUGUGUUAACAUGUUAAAACUAAAUAGUGAUAGUGCCAUUGGAUAUUAUUGAGAGAGGAGAAAACCAUGUAAAAAAAUAAUUAUUAUAGAUUAACAGGAUAAGCCUGGUUAGUCAGUCUAUGCCACAGGUAGGCCAUAGUGGAAAGUCCAUUCCGGUAUUGGUCUGUUUGCCUCCUCAGAGCACUUCAAGAGUAGCAGAGCAGGAUUAAGUCGAGUGGAACCCAAGCUGCAGUGCCCCAAGUCCUCAAAUCUUCAAACCCAGGCUGCUAUGGGAACCUGUAUCCAAUUUACAAUGAUCCCCCUACUCCAGGUGGCAGAAUCGUAGCCCCCUGGAGGCUCCAGUACACAGAGAACUACCCAGGUUUGUGGAUUGUUCUUUGGAUGCGACUCCAAGUGGGCUCCCAGCACAGAAGAAAAGCGGUGGGUGAAGGCUACAUUCUGGUUCCGCAUGUCUAUAGCAGCUGUUAGGGUGAUUUCAGCAAUAUAUGUGAUGCUGGAAUGUCUGGCAGAUAGCAUAAAUUUUUUUAGAAAAGGUGUCCUUCCACUUCUGGUCCUCGGGUCAGCUUGACGGUAUUAGAGCUCCGGCGAGGCGGCCAUCUUUGACACACCACUUGGCCAUCAGAAUAGUAAUGUUUAAGUCCAUUAAGGCAGAGGUAUAGGCUUUCCCCAGCGGGGACCGAAUAACCCCCACUGGUUCAAAGGGGUAGUAACGGGGCUUCAAGAGAGCCUUUGCGAGUUGCACAUCCUGAAUCGGGGGAUUGGCCUCUUCUCCCAGCCACCGGGCCGCCAAGUACGGUAGGCCAUAGAGCUGGAAGAGAUGAGAGCUCUUCAGGCUGAGGCAAUCUGGGGAAAUAAGGUUAAAGGGAGUGGUAAAGUCGGUCUGCAGCUGACAUAAGACUUCUUCUGAGGAGGUUUUAGAAUAGUUAUUCAUUUUUAGUUUAUUAAGUUUUAGCUUAGAGAUGUAGGAACUAUGAAAAAACAUGUCCAGCCAUCUUGAUUGUCAGGCCCCGUCCCCGCUAUUAUAUUAUAAAAUGCAAUAUUAAAUAUAGCACCUCGUAAAAAAUAUACAUCAUGAAUUUCCUGUGCGGUCAUCAGAUAAGGAAACCAUGAAUUGAGCUGUGCACCAUUAACUGACCUCCAUGAAAACUCCAAGACUAUGUUUAUAUUUUUCUUCAUACUCAUUUAUUUCAAAUGAAGGUGUGGUGGACCGCCUGGCACCCCGAUGGGGUGCCUCCGCCAAUUGAUGCUCACCGAGUACUCCAAGCACUCCACCAGACACCAUCAGCACUGUAGUCCCCACUUCCAGCGUUACAGCUUGGCUGGGAUCUCGCUGUCCUCCAUCCACCCUGGACCCAAGACCAGGAUCCAGCUUCAAGUGGGUAGACUUCUCCUCCAAGAGAGUGUAGCAAUAUGCUCUUAAAAGAGCCAGUGAUUAUAAUCCCAGGGGAGUAUAGUGAUAUAGCAAUCCCCAGAGUGAAUAUAGCUGUCCCCUCCAACACAUGAAACAACUCUCUAAUGGUAGCCAUAACUGGCCUUAUAUGCAGGUCCCCAUGUAAGAGGAACUCCCCCCUGGACCUGAGAGUAAACCACAGUAGGAACAAAUACACAAUCACAUUGGCUCUCAGAUCCAGGACACUCCCAUACAUAAUAGGUUAAUCCCUCCUCUGUACCUGGGAGAUAAUUGAGUCGAGCACUGUACUAAACUCAAUUAUCUCCAGACACAAAAACACACAUUUUUAUAACAUAUUAAAAAUACCCCCAAAACACAUGGAAACCACAAUAUAAUCAUAUCUCCUGGUAGCCUCAGUCUGGGGGACCAGGAUAUCUAAAAAUCACCCAUAUCAGUUCGGGGUUGAGGAUUUCCAUGGAAGUCAUAUUUUGACCAAUCACACACGAGGCUCCUGCCCAAAAGAGUUCCAUGAAUUCAGGCUGUGCAGUCGGUCUUUUUCGGGAAUACUUAAUACAGUCAAAAUACCGAUAGUAACAGUUCGUGGGUAGGUUCAGUCUAUGUCCUUCGUUCAGGAGCUUGCUCCCAUUGAACGCUACUCUUCCCAUACGGAUCCAGCCGAACAUAUGUAGAAAUGGAAGUCCCAGCGGUACUUGCGCCAUUGAUUAUAGUUCCAUUCAUUCGACGGCCAAUCGCCGCUGUUUGUGUUCACGACUAAAGAUGGCCGCCGCCACGUGUUCGCAUUUACGAACGACGGCCACCCAGCUAACCACUUAGAUCGUUGUGGUUAAACAUAAGUCAGGGAGGUUAAUGGGCUGCACGCUCCUGUUCUGGGUGGUCCAACUGUUCGGUAACCGAACAGAAUAAGUACAAUCUGUUCGGUAAGCCCCAUAUAGACCAAGUUCUAAUACAUUGGCCAUAGUGGCGAGGCUACUUUUGUCACAGAAGGUACAAGUAAAUGGUUGAAGCAAACAUCAUAUCUCAAUAAGCAACGUCCUGAACACAUUUUAAUUUGUUUUAUUUACAUUUUAUUGAGGUUUUUAAAAUCAUAAUAGGCAUACACAAAUUGUGAAAAAACAGAACUGGAGUAUGAGAAAUGGAAUUUAAGUUGCAAAAAAAAAAAAGUGUGUUACAGUCACCGUAGACAGUAAGGUAGAAAUACAUGUAUUUACUUUAUUUUCUAAUUAACACAUGAUUUCAGUGUGAAGAAGAUACAAUUCACAGCUGUCAUGGUGGCUAGGGGCACAAGUAAAGAAAAAGCUUUGGAGAGAUGCAAGAAUAAAAAUAUUUGGGGCAGAAAACAUAACUUCUUGGAAUUAUGGUAACCAAGCAUAAUGCAAACAUUUCAAGAUAUUUCGUUAUACAUGAGAUUAAAAAUAGUUUGAAAGAGUGUGAAAUUACAUCUUCAUUACAGCAAUAGUAUAAUCACAUAUAUGUUGUUAAGUAACAUACUAAAGAAAGUAAUAAAUAUAAGUGUGGGGUUCAGAUAACGUUCAUUCAAGGAAUAUAUAAUUACCUGGAAUGUGACUUUGAGCCAAUUCAAUAAACUCGUGUGCAGCUUAUGGGAUUCUAUUUACCACCAUGGAAAGUAGAAGACACAGUUUUAUUUAUUUAUUUCAGUCACUUUUUAAAAUAUUUGUAUUUUUUAUUAUUUGUAAUAUUCAGUGCAAUAGUACAGGAAUAUAUUUCUCUUGAGUAGUUGCGAGGAGAGUGGUAGCAGUGUUGGUGUUGAGUCUAUGCAGGCAAUGUUGUAGCGUGGGGGUUUAGCGAGAGGUAGGACUCCCAUGUUGUCCACGCUGUUGACACAAAUUUUUUUGGGGGUAAAUUUUUUAUCGCCAUUAUUUCAUAUUGUCUAGUUGUAUCUAAUGUUUAGAUGCAUUGUGUGAUAGCUGGUAGAUUGGUUGUCCGCCACAUUCUGCUGAUUAUCGUUAGGGCAGCUAGAAGUAUAUGAUAAAUAAGAUAUUUGCUGUCUUUCGAGAGGCCCUUUGGGAAGAGGUGUAACAGGUAAGUUUUGGGUUGUCUUGGUAAAUGUAUUCCUGAACACUUGUGUAUGAGCUGUUCUAUUUCUGUCCAAUAAUUAGUCAGGUGUAGACAAGACCACCAGAUGUGGGACAUUGUUGUUGGUUUCGAUAGGCAGCGGCAACAGUUAUCCGAGAGGCCAGGGUUGCUGUGUUUUAAUCGUGUUGGUACUAGGUACCAUCGGUACCAACAGGAUUUUCCUUGGGAGCUCCGUAUGGGAGGUGCAUAACGAGAGGUUUUUGUGUGCCAGGAUUAUUUUUUGCUAUUGGUUUUCACGGAGUGGACAACUUAGUUCUCGUCCCCAUGCUUUUACAAAGUUAAAUUAUUUAAAUGUCAAUCAGCUAUAGACCACUUACAGUAUCAGAGGAUAUAACAUUUUGUUUUUAUGAAAAUGAUAGCAAUUGCGUGUAUGAGAAUUUAGCCGCGUUGCGCAACCUUUAUUGUUUCUGCAUUUCAUCGAAGCAUUUUAAGCUGGGCCCUUGAAAUAUGUGGUAAAGGUGUGUGAUGUCUGUCUGUGCCAUAACCUAUGGUUAAAAUCUAGAAUGAAGGAGGGCAAGGCUGCAAGUGGUAGUGCGAGCGAGAUCCCCUCGUUUAAGGCAUGUGUUUAAUUGAAUUUAUCCCAUAUUUGGAGUGUGAGUUUAGUUGUGGGGUGCAUGUCUUUGUGUUUCGAUCUUAGCUUCCUAGACAUCCAUGCAAGCAGUGGCGUACAUAACGCGGUCGCAGGGAUCGCAGUUGUGACCUGGCCAGUCACACCAGGGGGCUCGGCCGCCUGCGGACCCCUUUGAUCGGGUGCCCGCCGCCAUAUUUUGCGGCCCCGGGCCGCACAUGAAGGGGCCCAUCAUGUGGCCCAUGCUGUUAGAGCCACCCGAUGGGUAUGGAUUUCCAAGGGACCCGGUCAGCGCUGGGCACAUUAACAGUGUGACCGGGCCCCCUGUGAUUACAUCAGAUAGAGCUGGGAGGAAAUGACUGCCCCGGUCAUUCCUCCCAGCUAUCAUAGAGCCGCGCGGGAGGAAGGAGGAUGGAGUCAGAGUGGGAACUCUGACUCCCAUCAGCCUGAGCCACCACUGGACCCCCUUGGAAAGUCACCCUGCAAAAAGGUAGGAAACAGGAGCGAUGAAGAGGAUGUGGGUGUAGAAAAAGAGAUAGUUAUAACACUCCAUAAGUUUUAUUAACAGUUUUUAAUGAAAUGUUUUCAUAAUCCAACAUGGAACAAUAUAAAUUCUGAAGCAACACUAGGUAAACCUGGCACUGCAGAUGUUUUUGAACUACAUUUCCCAUCCUUCCCGAGUGACAGCUGGACUCUCCAUUAAGUAUAUCUCGAUUAAAACAGUUUAUUUGCCUCUGUUUUCGGUAUAUCCUCUGGAUUCACUCAAUGGUCCUUUUGCUUACCACAGAUGCUGGUCUUAUAUCGGUCGGGUGGGCGCUGCACAAGAUGUUUCCCUAAUGAAGGCAAGGUGUCUCCAUCGGGGGAUCAUACAGCAUGAACUCAUGCACUCGCUGGGAUUCCAACACGAGCAGUGUCGCAGUGACAGAGACAAGUAUAUUCGCAUUAACUGGGGGAACAUCAGCCAAGGUGCACAGUGAGAGAUGGCCAUUCUAUUAAACCCCCCAGAGACAACGUAAAACAGUAUUAGAAUGAUAAUCCGUAUUCUGACACUUUGUCAUUAAACUCGAUCCGAAAAUGUGCAUGUGACAAGGUUUGAUUUAAAAUGGAACUAUAAAAGGGACAUUUCCUUGUUCGCUACUACUGAAACGUUUACUUAGAUAUCACUAGAAAACGUACCUCCCCUUCACUUCCAUGUCCUGGUGACAUUUCUGCCCUGUGAUGUCUUGGGCAUUGCAUUGAUUGAGAAAUGUCUAACAAAUUCACCCUUGGACAUUCUAUCAGUAAUAAUAAUAAUAACAACAAAGUAUUUAACCAGGAAAGGUACAUUCAGAUUACUCUGGUUUCAAGUAUGUCCUGGGGAUGUUACCUUAGCCCAACAUCCAGGGGUUGUUACUAUUAGCCAAUUUAAUGGUACUCAUUUUAUCUACCUCGUAAUGCUCUGGGCCAUGCUCAGCAGAGGAUAUAUAUUUAAAAAAUCAACCAGUGAGUUUUUUUUGUUUUUUUUAAACUAAUAGCACAGCCCAAAGCUAACGCUUAAUUAUCUAUUGAGGUAUGCUGAAUACUUUAAGCAAAUUAUAGCAUUUCAUUUUAAGCAACCUACUAGGAAAAUAUUUCAAUGGAUCUAUCUACACCAAUUCCAACAGAUAUUAAUGGUGACCAAUCACUUGAAAAGUUGUUUCUAACAGUUUGCAAUAAUUUGAAAAGUUUACCCAAAAUGAUUAAAACAAGAAAAUAAAAUGGUUAAACUCUGGCUGCUAAGAGGGCACUGUUAUCCGCAUUGAUUCAGCCAAUCAGCAGAGACCUUUGGCAAGGCAGCUGUUUGAUUGGAUAAAAGUUAGAAACACUAAUUUUACAUGAUACUGUUACAGAAUUCAUAUGAAAUGUAUUUUAAAUAAUAUGAAUCACACUUUUGCCCAGCAAACAGUAACAACAGUGAGGAACGCACUAUAAUAGGGAUUAUAAAAUAACAAUUGCCCCUUGACUCUUUUUCAAUGUAGAUAUAUCAAAUACUCCUCUCAGUCUUCAUUAAACAUAAACAAACACCAAUAUCUACAAUUAAAAAAAAAUAUCACUGAAAAUAGUAUAAAACAAUAGGUAUCAAUUCCUGGUUCACACUUAAUAUUGCACUCACAAACACUUAUUGUUAGUAGGCCUGUAAAAUCUCUCCAAUAUAGGACUCUUCUCUCUUCUUUUUCUUCUCACAUCCAAAAUGUAUAUACAGUGGGACCUUAAUGCGUUCUCCGGGACGUUUCUUAUUGCGAAAGAUUUGUAAACCGAAACGCGGUUUCCCAUAGAAAUGCAUUGAAAACCAAUUGAUCCGUUUUGGAGGUCAGAAAAAUGGGCAAUAUAAGCCGGCAUGGAAACCAGCCCACAAUGCAGAACACACAGUAAAAGGAAUGCAAACGACGAAGUUCAGCUCCCUACCUUUCCACAGCUUGAGAAAUGCACCAAAAAGUCCCAAAACAACUGCAAACAAUUUCCAGAAUGGCUCCAAAACCCGAUGCAAAAGCCGCUCCAACACCUCCACACUCGACACCACGUGCUACCCACAGACUCCAGCUAUGCAGGGGGCGGUGCUAUAAACCUCCCAGGUGCAAUCUAUCCUGGGGAAACUUGAUUUGUAUUGCGAAAAAAAAUUGUAAACCGAGGCAUUAUUUUCAAUGGAUUUUCAUUUGUAAACCGAAAAUUAUGUUAACCGAGGCGUUUGUAAACCGAGGUCCCACUGUAUGUGGAAAGAGAGAAGUGGACAUAUAGAGUAGAUCUUCACUGAUAGUAAAAAUUUAAUUUAUUGGUCACACUUACAAGAUAAAAAACAGAAUAGGCAUAUCACCAUAUCCACUGGAACUCCACUUCUACAGGUCCUCAGGGUGUUGGAGCAGCCACUAAAUAAUAAAACAAUAAAUACUUAAAAAACAGUCCUACGCGUUUCAUCCAUCUGCAUGGACUUCUUCUGGGGAAAUAAAUAAAUCAGCAAGCAAUCAUCAUCCAUAAAACACACAGUUCAUAACUACAGUGUAAAUAUCCCGGUAAAAAUCGAUGACGCGUGCAUUCCACCUUCGUAUCAUGCGAACUGAUGAGAGGAACUGCCGCCUUACUAUGCCGAAUGAGAAGACAGGAAAUGCAAAUGUAAGUGUGACCAAUAAAUUCAAUUUUUACUAUCAGUGAAGAUCUACUCUAUGUGUCCGCUUCUCUCUUUCCAAAUAUAUAUGUUUUGGAUGUGAGAAGGAAAAAGUAGAUACAAGAGUCCUAUAUUGGAGGGAUUUUAUACAUUUUUAUACUAUUUGUUGUAGAUAUUAGUGUGUAUUUUUUGUGCUUUAAAUAAUGUUGGAUCCCAGAAUAGGGGUGAAAUGGGGAAUGCAUUACAAAAAAAUAAAUAAAUGAAAACAAUAAAUAAAUAUAUAUUUUAUUCCUAUGUUUAGUAUGUGCUCCUUAUGCAAUGGUUCUAUUAAAAAAACACAAGUUAGAAAUAAAAACGUUUUACGGCCAUUUUUAUAUGGGCAAAAUACGUUCUGUUCAGGGGCAAGUUCUAACUAUUGAGCAACAUGACAUUGGUUUCCAUGGUGAUGGUGAACCUUAUUUAUUCCAGAAUAGCUCUUGUUUUAAAACAUAGAAACAUAGAAUGCGUCGGCCCAUCUAGUCUGCCCAAUUUUCUAAAUACUUUCAUUAGUCCCUGGCCUUAUCUUAUAGUUAGGAUAGCCUUAUGCCUAUCCCACGCAUGCUUAAACUCCUUUACUGUGUUAACCUCUACCACUUCAACUGGAAGGCUAUUCCAUGCAUCCACUACCCUCUCAGUAAAGUAAUACUUCCUGAUAUUAUUUUUAAAACAAUAAAUAGGUCCAAGAACCGAUUCUGUGUGUUAUGUUAUGUUUUUACACUUUAUAUUCAGAAUUAUUACAUUUAGUAUCCAUUUUGAUUUUAUUAUCUUGCAUAUUUCGUCUGUAAUUAAUUCAUGCGUUUGUUGUAACUUGGUAUAUUGUAUGUGAAAAGGGUAAGCCUUACAACUGAGCACACUGCAAUUAAUUCCUCUUUAACCGCCAAUUUUCUGGGAACGAACAUCCUAUUUCUCUUAUUUAUUUUUUUUCACUGCAGAUAAAGAGCGUAAUUUCUACAAACUAAGCACUCCGAAUCUAGGAACACCGUAUGAUUACCAGUCUGUCCUACACUACGGCAAGUAUGUCAUAGCUGAAUCCACUAGCUGUUAUUCAGGAUUUGUUUCAAAUGAAUCAACAUAUCAGAAAACAUUACUUCUGAAAUUAUUCCGUAAACCAAGAAUUGGAGAGAAAUGACGUGGAAAAUGCAAAUUUCACACCAGCUGAGUUGCAGAUUUUUUAUCACAAUUUGGGCAUUUUAUUAUUAAAUAUACAAUUCCUGUGUCAGUUCAUUUUAAUUAUAGGUAGACAGAGUGAUAAACCGCACCCUAUAAAGUGAAUAUACAGUGCUGAUAGUGCAAAUGACAGAGGUAUAAAUACUUAUGUAUCUGACGACAUCUGUGACUUCAAAGUAUCUUAAAAGAAGAUUUAUCAGCUACAUAAGUAUAUAUACCUCUGUCAUUUGCACUAUCGGCACUGUAUAUUCACUUAAUAGGGCGCGGUUUAUCACUCUGUCUAGCUAUAUUUUUUCUCUUGGUGAGAUUUUUGGGAAGUCUCACAGAUUUUCUGCUGCCCAUUCCUUUUUUGCACUGUGUAGUGAGCGCUUAUUUUCUGUUGUAUCCAGUUCACUUUAAUUGCCUGGUUAUUGGGUUAAGCCAAGUGAGAUUAGCCUCGAUAGCCGGUUCCUUGAGUCUGUUCUCUUGUCACAGGUAUGCUUUCGCUAAUGAUGUUUUUAAACCGACGUUGGAACCCACUGUAAAUCCUGAUGCUACAAUUGGUCAACGUAUCGGUCUGAGUUCCCUCGAUGUGGUGAAGAUAAACAAACUGUAUAAGUGCAGUUAA